AAUAUACGCGGAACUUGGUGGGGUGGGAUCUACAGAAUAUAUUCCACGACUUCCUUAAUAUGAAGGCACCACUCAGUGCUCUGCUUUACUCUUAUUUUUAAGCUGCUUCUUCUUGCUCUUCUCCAUCCACCCAUACAAUGUGCAGUACUAAUAGCAGCAGCAGCAGCAGUUGGUGCAGCCGGCCGGGAUUCGUAUUCCAGCCGGACGACGAACAACUCAUCAGUUUCUACCUCACAAACAAGGUCCUCGGCCGUGAUAACUUUGUCCAAGACAUCGCCACGCUCGAUGACAUUUGCAAGUACGAGCCCGAGGAUCUGCCAGAUUUUUCAACCUUGGAGUCUGGUGUUCAAGAAUAUUACUUUUUUUGUCCACCAAAAUACAAAUCGAAAAACAGCACCCAACUAGACAGAAAGACGAGGGCCGGAAACUGGAAAGUAACUUGCAGGCGUCGUAAGAUUAAGUCUAAAAAUGGCACCGUAAUUGGCGAGAGGACUACUUUAGUUUUCUUUAAAGGAUCCAUUCCUGAUGGAAAUAGAACCUCCUGGUUCCUCUACCAGUACAGCCUCAUUUCUGAUCUUCCUAACCAAAAGAAGCGGGUUUUUCUUUACAAAUUGAAGAAAAAAGAUAACGGUAAAGCUGAGGCCUCCAGCAAUGAAAGUCAGCCAAGUUCUGACUUCCCUUCUAUUGCAGAGGAGGAUGCUGCAAAUGCAAUUAGUCUCGAUGAUUUGAGAGACUCGGAGAUGCCUGAAGCAGAGCAGGGUGCCCUGCCUCAGAUGAGUUCAGAUGAGAGUCAACCAAGUCAUGACUUAACUACUGUUGCAGUGGAGGAUGCAAAUGCAAUAAGUCUAGCAGUGAGUUUUCCUGUAGAAAUUUCAUAAGACAUUACUGAUGCAUCUAGAGAUUUGCAUCUAUUAAACAUGCAUGAUCCAGAAAUGUGUUAUGUAUUACGCUAUCUUUAGUCUGAUAUAACGAAUGGAACACAGGAUAAGUUAUGGUUGUUUGUCUAUGAGGCAGGAUUUGGAAGGCUUGAUUGAGGUUGAAGAUGAGCAAAUUGCUCAUGAAGUUUCUCAGUUGCAGCCAGAAAUGAGUUCAAUCUACCAGGAGACGUAUGACAACUUGCUCUUUGAAUUGCAACCACAGAUGCAUGUGGAGCAGCAGCAGGCCGCCCCCUCCUCCUCCUGGGGUUUCCCUUUGUCCAAUGAUUCUAGCGGCGACACGUCUCAGAAUCAUUGCUACUCCGGAAACAUCAGUCUAGACUCUGAAUUGCAGCCACAGAUGCAUUGGGAGCAGCAGGCCUUCUCGUCCUCCUGGAGUUUCCCUUCGUCCGAUGGUUCUCAGAAUCAUUACUACUCCGGUCACAUCAACGAAGAGGAGGAUGUGUUACAGUAUUGGAAUUUACCUCAAUUCAACGAACCCUUCCUUGAAGAAGGAAGCAAUUACCAUACCUGAUUAUUACUUCAUCGGCAUACUCAAGAACUGGUGAAAAAAUUAUAUUACUAGUUUAAUUGUGUCAAUUACUUAUUAGUACUGUACUACUGUAUGAAGGUGUGAAUUAUGAAGGUGAAAAAAAUGUAUAAAUGGGGUGAGAAAGGUUCGAACUCUAGACCUCAGUAUAACUCAACAAGCACUGAGACCUACGCGCUAGCCCUACUAUAGCACUAUGAUUGUCUAUGUCUUGUUCUUGUUAAGGUAUUGUAUGUAAGUGUGUUUUCAUGAUAUCUAUUUUAAUUUAAUGUCCUCAAAAUAUUUCCUUUUCCUGAGUUUGUUUGUUAAGUAGCAUUCGCCUACUCCAUCAACAAUAGCAUUGUUAAAUUAAAAUUGUAAUCACCAU